CAGUUUAGGAAUUUCACUCCAACCGUUCCCAUCCCUACUUGCAGCCGCACUACCGCCGUUGCCACCCUCGAUGACUUUAAAGUCGUAAAUGCUUUUGUCCCUAAAGAUCUAACAGAUCAGGUGACAUUCGAUCUGCGAGCAUAUAGAGAUAACGGGAGAGGAGCAGAUCAUGAAUACCAACUUUGCGGUUGAGCUGUUUGGGGAAGACGACGACGGAGACAACUAUUCGAACGACGAGCAACACCACCCUCCACAGCAGCGCCAGUCAUCAGCCUCACAAUCGUCUUCUUCAUCGUCCUCCUCAUCCGCCUCUUCGGGUGGUUCUUCUUCACCUUCGUCUUCCAAUAGAAGCAGCAGCGUUAGUGGGAGUGGAAGCGACAGCGGCAGAGAAGAAGACGAUCAUGAGGAAGUCAGAUCUUCUAAUAAUGAGAUUGAGGAUGAGGAUAAGGAUCUGUUUGGCUCAGAUAAUGAGGAUUAUGUGAAAACAACUGCUACUAGUCCCUACCCAGUUCCUGUUUUGCCCCCAGUGCGUAAUAUAAGCAACCCAUCAAGAGGAGGUAUUGGGCGUGGACGUUGGCAGAAUGGUAGAGGGAAUGGCAUUCUUGCUACACCCAAUUAUCCACCAAGACAGGGUUCCAAUUAUGGUUCCAGGUUCCCGAAUGUUCCUAGGGAUGAGCGUUUUGUUUCUGAGCUCAAGUUUGCAAAGAGUGAAGAAACACUGGCAAGAAAGUCCACUGCAAUCCAACAGCCUUGUGAACUUGCUUGCUAUAGUCGAGUGGAAGGGGGAGAUGUCUACUUUGAUGAUAGUAGCUUGAGGCUAUUUAAACGUCUUAUUACAGAAGAUAUCGGGGCUGACCUGAAUGAAGGCUUUGAUACUUUCAUUGAGAAGAGAGAUCUGGGAUCUCAGGGUUUUGGUGACCUUCUUGCCUGCAUUAGGCACAGGAAGGAGGAAAUUUCACUUGAAAGGAUGCACUUUGUGACAUUCCGCAACAACUUGAAUAAGAUCAUGGCUACUGCCUAUAUCAGGAAUGAGCCUUGGGAAAUGGGAGUUCACAAAAGGAAAGGUGUUGUUUACCUGGAUGUGCACAAAUUACCGGAAAGGCCAAAAAGUGAUCUGGAUAGAAGAAGGUGUUACUGGGGCUAUUGUUUUGAAAGCCUGGCCACUGAAGAUCGUGGUAGAGAACAGAUUCGUGACAUCGAUGCAAAUGUCGAAUUCUGUUCUGUACUUAAAACCAAAAUAGGAGCGCACCGUGUUUUGCUGGGGGCUGAAAUAGAUUGCUGUGAUUCAAGGGAUAAUGAUGAAAAGAGAUUCUAUAUUGAACUGAAAACAAGCCGGGAGUUGUUUGACCAUCGUACUGAGGAAAGAUUUGAGAGGGAGAAACUGCUCAAGUUCUGGAUCCAGUCGUUCAUUGCUGGUGUGGAAUACAUUGUUGUUGGAUUUAGGGAUGACAAUGGUUUUCUUGUCCGAACUGAAAGAAUGAGAACCAAUGAAAUCACACAAAGGGUAAAACUCAAAGGUUAUUGGCAGGGCGGAGUAUGCCUUGCUUUCGCAGAUGAGGUCUUAUGCUGGCUUUAUGGGACAGUGAAGGAAAAUGAAGAUUACAUCUUGCAGUUUACUGCACACUCGACUCGGUUGGAGCUUCUACGGGCUCAGUCAUGCCCGGAAGCAAUUACUCAGCAUGUUCAGGAACUCUAUGGUUUAUGAAUGGUAUGUGCAUUAGAGACAGACUAUAAGCAGCUCGGUUCCAUUUAAUGGGCUCAGAGUUCAGACCAGGUUUAACCCUUUUUAGCUGUCAUUUUUCAUCAAAUAUAAUGUGCCAAGCAAGAAAGUGCGUCUUGAAUGAUAGAUACAUUAAUACUAUGUUAGUAUAUAAACUUGACCAAGGUUUUUAGAAGACAUCAAUAUUUGUUAUUCUAUAUUUACCGGUCUCGUUCUUUGCGUAAGGUGUUAUUGAGUAAUUUAGAGCCAGAUAGCCUGAGAUGGGUAACAUUCAAAUUGGCUGGAUAUGAUUAAUAUACUGAAGUUGCUGAAACUAUGAUGGGAUGGGGAUGUUUUCUUUUGGACUGAAAUUUGCUGGUCUGGUCUGUUCUGUUUAAGUCUGGUCUGUUUAAGUCUAGUCUGGUUUCUGUGUAUUUUAUAACUACGGAAGUCUGGUCUGGUCUGUUUAAGUCUGGUCUGGUCUGUUUAAGUCUGGUCUGGUCUGUUUAAGUCUGGUCUGAUCUGUUUAAGUCUGGUCUGGUCUGAUCUGUUUAAGUCUGGUCUGGUCUGGUCUGGGAGACUGAGAUUGAAAACAAUCCAAAAGAAAACAUCUUGAGUGUAUUGGCUGAAGUACGGCGAAAAAAAACAUUGUAGGAAACAGGGUAAUCUUCAAGGUUUGUAGCUCCUUAUGCUGGCUUUUGUAGCUCCUCAUAUGUGCGACCGGAGAGAAAUCACGAUAAGGUUUGUGGACGGCAAACUGAUUCAGGGAGGUGGUGUCCUGUGUCCAUUGACAGUAGCAAAGCAAUAGGAAAUGGUGGCCAGAGCAUUUGAUAUGGUGUAGCAAAAAACAUAAUGAAAGAUGAGUAUGGAAAGAGUAAAGACGAAGGGAAGGAGGUCCGGAGUCUCGGGACUAACAUAAGAUAGGAAAGAAAGAGAAAUAUAAAUAAAUAUUCAAAAAAAGAAAAAAGAAAAAAAAAAGCACGGCGUAAAAUUGUAGAUGACCGACUAAGGCUCUGUUUGCAACCACUUGUGCUUAAAUAAAAGUACUUUUUGGGAAAAAGUGAUUAGUAGUAAAAGUUGGUAGUGUUUGGUAAAAUAAAUGCUUUUUGUGUAAUAGAAAAAGUAAUAAGUAGAUUCUACACGAAAACCGAGAAAGUAAAAGUUGGUAUUGUUUGAUAAAAUAAGUGCUUUUUUCUUAAAAAAAAAAGCUAAAAGCACUUAAAAUAAUAGUUUGCAAACAAGCCCUAAGAAUGGUCACCUUCACGUAAAAUUGAUUGAUCGAUCAUUUUUAAAAGUAAACGGGUUCAUAGGAUGCUUUUUUUAGUACGUGGGUUUAGAUGACCGAUCUACAAUUCUAGAAGAGCUUAUUUGACCAUUUUUCCAAAAUUAUAAGAAGUAUUUAAAAUAUAUUUUAUUAAUAACAAAUACUCCGUAUUAAGUAAUAUAAUAAUAAAUAAAUAAUGUAGUUUUAUGAAUAAUUUAUUUAACAGACUUCUUGAUUAAAUUUUAACUUGAAAUUUGUGGACAUAGUCUACACUUCACGGAGAAGAUGCUCAUAAACUUUUAUAAAAAAUCGAUCUGGAAGCACGUCAAAUGGAAGAGGUCUAAAAAUUGAAUGUUUAGAUCUACCAUAUAUGAAUAUUUUCCUAUACACACAUGUAUAUAUGUGUGGAGUCAUUCUUGUUGUAUACACUAUUUUGGUGUACACAAAACUGUAGUAUAGCCGAAUUUUUAUUCAUAACUUUAUGUAACAUCAAUUUUAUUAAAUAGUUGGAUUUUCAAAAAUAGUAAUUUCAAUAAGCAACGCCAUUCAUCAAUAAAACAAAUGUGAAGAGAUAUAUCAAUUUAUCACAUUAAUAUGCACUUUUGUAAAGUGCACAUUUAUGUCACUAGUUUGCAUUUUCUAAACAUGAUACUGCACUUUAGGUAUUACAACUAUGCAACAGCUUUUAAAUCAAAAUGAUUUUAAUAAAAUGAAAGUAAAUAUACAUGGGUGUGAUUAACAAGGUACACUAUCAUAUGCAUUUCAAUUAAAUAUAUAGAAACCAACACUAUUAUAUCAUACUUCCCAAAAUUUUACAAUGACACUUUUUAAAAUAUGAAAUGCACUGUAAUUAAUCAUGUGCAUUUUAUGUACUACAAGAGUACACUAGUAUAUUAUAUUUUUGAAAAGUCUAUAUAUGCACUUUUUACAAUAUGAUUUUUUCUCCCAAAUGCAUCAUAAUUAUUUCAUUAUAGCUUUGUCUUCUUAUCAGCAUGCGCCCCAAAUAUAUUGCGUCAAGACCAUGUUGUUUGAACAACAUAUAUCAUAAAUCACACUUGGAUGGUGCAACAUUUUAGUACUUCCUCCGGCCCGUAAACAACUUCUCACUUUCCUUUUUGGACAGUCCCGAAAUUAACUUCACACUUCAAUACUUUCCUUAUUUGACAAAUUAUAUCCAUCAAAACAGUGCCAAACAAUGUCCAAACAGUGUCAAACAGUGUUUAAACAGUGCAAAACAGUGCACUCCACAGUAAAGUCAAAUUUAUUUUCUUAAUCUGUGUGAAGUCAAAGUGUGAACUUAAUUGCGGGACGGAGGGAGUAUUUCCUUUCAUGGUGAAUCGUGCAGUCAUAAUAAGGAGUACUAAAAAGUGCAAUGCGUACAGCUGUGUGAAUGCAUAACUUCUUUUUCUAGAUACACUGAUGCAAUACCAAGUCAAAUGCACUUUGUCGCAAGUAGGGGUGGAAACAGGCCAGACCUGGUCAUGUUUUUGCCUAAACAGGCCGGGCCCAUUUUAGAAAGUAUAGGUGUUGGUCUUAUGGGAGAUCAGCACCACCCUUUGAUUCAGGGCUUAACCGCCCAACCUGUUGGCACCACAAAGUGGUGCAGCCCCUCAUGUCCAUCCACCGCUCAGUAGUGGGGUUCUGCACUGCCGUAGUGAACUGUGGGGGGUGCCCCACAGGAAUCUACCUUGACUUGGGGACUACAGAGUAAUGGGUUAAAUAGAGGGUGUCCACUUCCUUAUCACCAAUUGGUUUUAAGAAAGAUAUGGCUGCUAUUUAACCACAGAACUCUGGAGUUAAGCGAGCCCGGGGUAAGAAAGCCCAAGGAUGGGUGACCCACUGGGAAGUUUGUCGACAAGGGGUGAAUCGAUCCAACAAGUGGUAUCAGAGCGAGGUCACAGGUGAAUCUCCCGGCUGGUGCUGGGGGGGUGAUUGUUGGUCUUAUGGGAGAUCAGCACCACCCUUUGAUUCAGGGCUUAACCGCCCAACCUGUUGGCACCACAAAGUGGUGCAGCCCCUCAUGUCCAUCCACCGCUCAGUAGUGGGGUUCUGCACUGCCGUAGUGAACUGUGGGGGGUGCCCCACAGGAAUCUACCUUGACUUGGGGACUACAGAGUAAUGGGUUAAAUAGAGGGUGUCCACUUCCUUAUCACCAAUUGGUUUUAAGAAAGAUAUGGCUGCUAUUUAACCACAGAACUCUGGAGUUAAGCGAGCCCGGGGUAAGAAAGCCCAAGGAUGGGUGACCCACUGGGAAGUUUGUCGACAAGGGGUGAAUCGAUCCAACAAGGUCUGAGCUUAGCCUGUUACCUGUUUAAGGCCUGUUUUUUCAGUCUGAACCUGACUUGUUUAAAAGUCUGGCUUGGCCUGAAGCCUGUUUAGUAGGCCUGUUAAGAAAAAAUUAAAAGUUUUAAAAAAUUAAAAAUUAAAUGUGACAAAUUCUGUUAGGCUAAUAUAAAAUUCAGUCCCUGCAUAAUCA